UUAAGUUUAAUCUUAAGUAAUUUGUUUCCACGGAAACCAAAAUGCAAACUUUGAUGCUAUUGUCCGGUUAUUUCCCCAUGUUUUAUUACGAUCGGCAGUCAAACCUUAUUAAGUAUGAUGAAAAAAGAUGAAGUUACCACCGAUAGUAGUAAUGAAACGCCGUUUUCAGAAUUAUGGAGUUUGGAGUGGACUGUUUUUCGAUUUAUUGGAAAAUCAUUACACGGGGUAUUUAGCGGUGGCUAUUACAAACAAAAUUCAAUAGAAAAUUCGAUGUUCGUUUUUGGAAUUUCAUUGCUUAGUUCACUCAUCUGUUUUUCAAUCUAUACAUUGUUUGUUGUCGAAUGUGACAUAAAAUUUGUUGCUGAGUUUGUUCCAAUCAUACUCACUAUGUUUACAGUUAGUGUAAAGGGCUACACUUUGUGGGCGAAUAGAGUUGAUAUAUUCAGAGUUUUGCAACAAUUCAGCAUCCUGUGGAUUGGUACGCAAACAAAAGUCGAUCUAAUGUAUAAAAUCGAUCCAUUAUUGAAUAUUUCGAGGAAAAUACGCUAUAGUUAUAUAGUGACGGCACUGUUUCUUGGUUUUUCGUAUGCAUUACGGCCAGUUAUCAUUAUGUUAACUACUUACGUUGGAACAACGCUAGGAUUAAAUAAUACGAUUGAUUGUUCAAUUACUGCCUGGCCAAUAGAGUACCCGUUUGUCCAUCAAACGAUCAGUCGGUACAUUCCAUUGUUAGUGUAUGAAAACUUGACCAAUCAUUUCGCCGCUUCAUAUCUGAUAUGUGAUGCUCUGUAUAUUCAGCUAACGACGUAUCUAGCUAUCAAUUUUAUGGUGAUGGCGGAUGAGUUUAGCAAUAUGCGACCAUACUUUGCUGAUGAAUCUGAUAAUAUUCAACACUUGAUCGAAUUGGUCCAUAAACAUCGUGAUCUAUUAUCAUUGGCUCAGAAAAUUGAAUUUACAUACAGCCCUGUUUUUCUUGCUACAAUAGUAUUCAAUGGAAUAAAUUUAUGUUUAUGUGUCAUUAUUGUUGAUAAAGAAAUAUCAGAAGGAGAGUGGACACUUUUAAUGAAGAGUUUAAUACAUGCGGCUGUGCUUGCAACACAGAUUUUUAUUUACUGUGAUUUUUCACAUACGGUUACAGAGACGAUUGACAGUAUUCCAAUAUCCCUUUACGAUUCUGAAUGGGUCGAUAGUACUAUUAAAUUAAAAAAAAUGUUGGUAAUAAUAUUGAUGCAAGCAAGUAAGCAAUAUAAAUUUACAGCGUACAAUAUUGUAACACUUAAUCGCGGACAAAUGACGACGAUUUUUCAGACUACGAUGAGUUACUUCACACUACUGAGGAAUUUUACUUAACUUUUCUAAGCUUUAAUUAAAAUAAAAAUUUUUAGUAUUUAAUACAUGUGUUUAAUUUUUU